GGGUCGCACAGGAAGAGCUCGACCGACUCCGUGGCGAUUGUCUCCCGGCAUUGUAAGAUUAGAAGAGCCUGCAUUAAAAUCCCGGAGAGCGGGUGUAAUAUGGAUGUUUAGGUUGUGCACAUGGACCCCAAACGUCAUCCGGACCCGCGUCACAUCAAAUCAGCUCGGGACCUCAACGACCAUCAGACGGCGGCUGAAGUUGCGAACAGUCUGGACGCCUCAGAGCGUGAUUAUUUUGUGUUCGGAGCUGGUCGACGUUUGUGUCAAGGCAUGCAUCUCGGGAAGUGGUUGCUCAUUUUGGCCACAUCACAAUUGCUCUGGAGAUUCGGUGUCCGCCAAGUUGUAGGUUUUGACGACAAUGACAUUAGUACCGAUGCAGGUGCCCUGACAAAAGGAAUGGUCGUUCUUCCGCAGGUGUUCCAGCGAAUAUCGUGCCAAGACUUAUAGACGUGUCAAGACAGCACUGGAUGGAAGACGAUGGAACAGGAUUGCAUCUCGGGCAUCGGGAGGGAUGGCUUCUAGACGACAUCUCACAGUGUUAGACUCUCCAGGGCAUGGUCUGGAGGGAGUACGAGCAAACAAGUCCCAUCUGACAAUGGAACCAGAGAUCCAUGGAAGCAGGCAGUUGCGAGUUUGAAGACACCGGGUUCUGGAUGUGCUACCACAUGAACUAUAUUGGUGAAAAACUGUAGUGACCGCUUCUGGUAUGCUGAAUGUAUGCGAGAUAGAGUUCGAUUAAGGACAGGGUUGGGUGGAGAUGGUGUGGUGUGCUAGGCAAGGCUAGCGACACGCUAACCGAGACCCUUCUGUUGUCACAUUCAACCUAAGACCCUUGAAUGUAGACUUAUUAGCAGAAUUCAU